AUGAAGCUCUACACGUAUCCCGGCAAUUAUCGUGUCUUUAAGGUUCUUAUCGCUGCUGAGUUUAACGGCAUUGACAUAGAAUUGCCAGAAUUUGACUUUGCCAAGGACAUCAAGUCAGCAGAGUUCAAAGCAAAGACUCCAGCUGGUAAGGUGCCCAUUCUGGAGACUGACGAGGGCUGUAUCUUUGAAAGCGGUGCUAUUGCUCGGUAUGUUGCUCGUCUGCGCCAGGAUACUGGUUUAUACGGCAAGACGUUCUUUGAGUCUGGCCAGGUAGACUCGUGGAUCGACUUCUCCGCCUAUGAGCUUGAGGUGCCUCUUGAGGUGUGGGUGCACCCUAUUCUGGGUGUUGGUAAAUUCAACGCUGCCGCUCUUAGUAAGGCUAAAGAUGAUGUGAAGAAGGCUCUUCAGACCCUUGAGAAUCACCUGCACCUGCGCACCUACCUUGUGGGUGAGCAAAUCACCCUUGCCGAUAUUGUCGUCGCAUCGGCCCUUAUUUAUCCGUUCAAGCUCGUGCUGGACAAGGAGUUCCGCAAGCCAUACUCAGCCGUGAACCGUUGGUUCUUGACCCUCGUAAACCAGUCAGAGUUCCAGGCCGUUGUCGGUGACGUGCCGCUUAUUGACGUGGCUCUAACCGCUGAGGGCGAUAGCUCGGCGAAAAAGGGUAAGAAGGAGACCCCUAAGAAGGAAAAAGCUGCCCCUAAAGAGGAGGCUCCCAAGCCAAGGAAGGUGGAGCACCCGCUGGCUGUGCUGAACCGUGAGAAGCCGUCAUCGCUGAACCUCGAUGCGUGGAAGGUGCAAUACUCAAACACAAAGAAUCUGGCCGAUGCCAUGACGUGGUUUUGGGAGCACCUUGACACGGAGGGCUACUCACUGUGGUUUUGCGACUACAACUACAACAACGAGAAUACGAAGAUGUUUAUGACGUGCAACGCUGUGGGCGGCUUCCUACAGCGUUCGGAGGCUAUGCGUAAGUACGCGUUCGGUGUGAUGGAUGUGUGCGGUGCUGAGGGCUCGGAGAUCAUCAUCACGGGCUGCUGGCUGUUCCGUGGUGACUCGGCGCAGCAUAUGGUUGAGGCCAACCCGGACGCUGAGUACUACACCUGGACGAAGGCGGAGCUGAACGAUGAGACAAAGGCCCGUGUCGCCGCUUAUUGGUGUAAUGAGGACGAGCUGGAAGGCAAACCUAUUGCCGACUCGAAGGUGUUUAAGUAA